UAAUUCCAUUCUCCUUAUAUAAAACAUUGAACUAGUUUAGGUUUAAUAUAUAUGUUCCUAAUAUCAUUGAGAGGGUUUGCAGAGAUAGAGAUGGGUGAUAGAGCUGGUGUAUUGGAGGUGAACCUGAUUGAAGCGAGAGGUCUUAAAGACAUGGAUUUUGCUGUGAAGAUGAAUACAUACGUUGUGAUCGAAUAUGGAAAUCAAAGGCAAACGAGCAGCGUGGCUAAAGGACAAGGAACAAAGCCAGUGUGGAAUGAAACAUUUAAGUUCAAGGCAGAGUAUCCAGGUGGGGAGGAGAACAAGUACAUGCUUCAUUUGCGUAUCAUGAACACUCAUAAGAUCUUGGAUGACGAUGUAUUUGUUGGCCAGUCUACAAUUUUUGUGAAGAAUUUGAUAGCUUCCGGCACGGAUACAGGGAAGGCUGGACUUCGAAGCGCCAAGUAUAGAGUUGUUCUUCAAGACCAGACUUAUGCCGGAGAGAUCUCUGUGGCUUUAUCUUUCUCCGUAAACUCGUAGACCUUUAUUCAUCAUGUAACUAGAAUAAUUUUAUGUAUAAAGUAAUUCCACAUUUGUCCAACAA